AGAGAUACUAAACCGGACCAGCUUCAUGAGUGGUUCAGUUGCUAACAAGUCUCCCCACUCCACCUCUCCUACCAGUCCUACUGGUGCAGGACGGCCCAACACGGCUGCAGGCCGUCUACGCCCAAACCACCCAGGCCAACGGAGACCAUACAGCUACCACCACAUACGAAAUGUCCCCAUUCGUGAGUGACAUGUGGCAUUGCCCGCAACCGACCGUCUGGGGAUGUCGUUCCACAACAGCCGGUAGAGCUAUUGGUAUUAGCGGUCUUUUUUGCCUUGCUGCGUGAUGUCUUAAACGUUUGAAAUAUCCAUUCAUAGAUGGGGAGCUUUGCUCCUCAAGCCUGCAUCGUUUUCACCAAACUUGCCACUCACAUUACAAGCUUUAAGAGACUAUAACCAAGCUUAACCAAGCUCCGUAUUCGACAACCCCAUCUCAUAAUCACAUAAUCACAUAAUCUGUUUACUUGCUAUCUUGACCUUGGUUCCGGAAUGGCUACUACCAGAUACUCGCCUGACAUCGUCCCUCGACGGGAAUCGUCACCAAGGCCGAAGAGCACGGAAAGACGACGGCCCCGCUUGCUUAGAGCUUGUGCCACAGAACCUUCUAUCACCACCUCCAACGCUUGUAAGGGACUGUUGACGAGCCCGAACACAAGCCGGAGAGCAACGGACCUACUCAGCCGCGUCGCAAUAUCCAAUGCCAACUCGUCACCAUCAUCAACACGGAGCUUCGCCCUAGACUCAUCCGAGAUGCGCGAGGCUCAUCUAUCAGACUCUACCCGCGAUCCACACUCGGUAUGCUACUUCAGCUUCCCCAGCUUCGACGCCUGGGAAGUCGGCGAACAUCCAGACGAGGAGAAGGUGGACAGGACGGCCUAAUUCCUAAUUCCUAAUUCGUGGCCGCGCCCCCGAAGCGCUCUCGUGUUGGGGGGCGGGACCCGCGGGGUUCCCCGAAUUUUUUUCAUCUCACCCAAUACAAUACGAACUCGUCUUAUUUUUCUUUUUUCCUUCCAAUAACGCGAUUAACGGGAGCGGACAAUAAAGCAUGACAACGGGUCAACAGGCGCCGGAGCAUUGUUAUUUUUUGCUUGCUUGUUUUUUUUAAUGUUUGGUUUUCCUCGCAAGGCAGCAAGGGUCACCAGGAUAUAUGUAUCAUCAGGCCUGACGGAGGUAGUUGGUGGUGGUGGUGGUUUUGGGACAGGCGCUCGGCGAAAACAUUGGAAUUGAUACAGAACACACACACACAGAGAGAAAGAGAGAAACUUAAUGGAUUGCGAGAUCUACUGGGUUGUGAGGAGUAAAAUGGGAUACCCCCGUUCGAAACAGCGACAGGACAGGACAGGACAGGACAGGACAGG